UGUCAAAUUGGCUGGAUCUCUGCUCUCGACGGGAACUGCUCUGACGUUGAACAUCGCGGAGAAUUCGCGCUACUGGCGCGCCGCAUCGCCGCGACCAUGGCACUCUCCAAAUCACACAGGAUUAUCAUCUUGUUGGUGAUUGAUACUGCUUUCUUCUUGUUGGAAUUGAUCGUUGGUUAUGCCGUCCAUUCGCUUGCACUCGUCGCAGAUUCGUUCCAUAUGUUAAAUGAUGUCUUGUCGCUAUGUGUCGGAUUAUGGGCCGUUAAGGUCGCUAACCAAGAGACUACCUCAAAGAUGUACACCUAUGGCUGGCAGCGUGCGGAAACCCUGGGUGCGUUGGUAAACGGUGUCUUCUUGGUCGCUCUCUGUAUGUCGAUCUUCCUCGAGGCUAUACAACGGUUGGUGGAACCGCAAGAAGUGAAGAAUCCAAAGCUCGUCUGCAUUGUCGGAUGUUUUGGUCUGGCGUCGAAUAUUCUUGGUUUGGUUCUCUUCCAUGAUCACUCCCAUGGGCACGGAGGCCACGAUCAUGGCCAUGAUCACGGUGACGAAGAUGCGGCGGAACAGGGUUUCGUGGCUCAUGGCGACCACGAGCCAUCGCAUGCCCGUGACCAGAGUGGAACUGCGUCAGGUAUGCCAGAGAAUGCUGCAGGGGCGUCGUCGGGCGGUCCCGAUCAUCGUACUCGCGGGUUUACAAAGAGUGAUGAGACGGACGACACUGCAACAGAUGCCAUGUCACCAUACAGCCGGAAGCGCCGUGGACUCGAGAGCAGCUCUCGGAAUUCUCGUCGAUUUAGCGCAUCGUCUCGGGGUUGGGCAGGUGUCGAUAGUAUCCACAUCCACCCCGCUACAUUACGCCAGGAUAUUAUCAAGGCCAGUCGCUUCGAAGACGAGGUCACUUCCGACUCUGAUCUGGAGAACCCCGAGGCAGCUGACGGACAAGCGCCCAACGAGCGCUCCGGCCUUCUCAGACAUAAGGAUCGUGCAAGCAAUUACACGGAUGAAGAUGCUACUCCUACCCGAGCCCCCGGUCGCGCAACUACCGACGAUGAUAUCCAUAAAUCGCACAACCAUGCCCAGCCCAAGAAGGACGAAAAGGGCAAGGGAGGCCAUAAACAUGACCUCAACAUGAGAGGCGUUUUCCUACACGUCAUGGGAGAUGCAUUGGGCAACAUUGGAGUCAUCGUAUCUGCCCUGAUCAUCUGGCUCACGGAUUACUCGUGGAGAUUCUACGUUGACCCCGGUAUUUCCCUUGUGAUUACCGUCAUUAUUCUGGCAUCUGCGAUCCCUCUCUGCAAAGCAGCAUCCAGGAUCUUGCUUCAAGCGGUACCUCAAGGUAUGAGCAUCGAUCAUAUCAAGGAGGACAUUGAGCGACUUCCUGGUGUCAUCAGCUGUCACCACCUCCACGUGUGGCAGCUGAGCGACACCAAACUCGUCGCUUCUCUGCAUAUUCAGGUCGACUGCGAGAUAAAGGGCGAAGGUUCAGAGAGAUAUAUGCGCCUCGCCCGGCAGGUGCGGAAGUGCUUGCAUGCGUAUGGCAUUCACUCAUCGACAAUCCAGCCCGAGUUCACUCCGGAGAGCGACGAGGAAGAUAAUCAUGUCGCUACUUCAGGACAGCCAGGUAACGGUGACGAGUCUCGCUCCUCCAGCAGGGCCCCGAGCACCCGCGGAAGCGAUGCAGGAUGUCUCCUCGAAUGUGGGGAUGAAUGCGCACGAGGCGGCCAGUGCUGCCCCAAAUAAUAAAAGCCGGUGACCUCUGAUAAUUCACCUUCAACGUUGGUUCCGGACUACAGACACGGACGUCUAGCUGGUACCAUCGUCGAUUUCUUCGACUUAUGCCUCUGAUUUUCAGCCAUGGAAUAACUGGCGCUUUUUUCUUGAUACUCCAUGCUGGAGUGGCCAGUCGAAGCUGGAGUCGACUGAAAGUCAUAC